AUGGAUAAGUCCUCUUAUUUCCUGGCUGUGGUUAUUCUCGUUCUCUCCGUGGGCUUCAGGAUCGAGGAGGGCAUGUGCCAACACUACUUUCUCCUCAGACCCAUCCCCAGUGACACUCUGCCCAUAGUGGACCUAAAGGAGGACCCGGACCCGGUGCUGGACCCCAGGGAGAAGGACCUGAACGAGACUGAGCUCAGGAGCACCCUGGGCAGCCACUUCGACCCGCACUUCAUGUCCGUGUCCGCGCCGGAGGAGAAACACGCGGGGAACGAGGAGCUGAGCGAGGCGGACCUCCGGCUGAAGCUCUCCGGAGCGAUGCCCAAAGAGAUCCGGGCCAUGGAGUUCGAGGUCCAGCACGGGAAGAAGCAGAAGCCGAGCAAGAAGCUCCGGAGAAGGCUGCAACUGUGGCUGUGGUCUUACGCGCUGUGCCCGGUUGUUUACGCAUGGAACGACCUGGGCAGCAGAUUCUGGCCGCGCUACGUGAAGGUGGGGAGCUGCUACAAUAAGCGGUCUUGUUCGGUCCCUGAAGGGAUGGUCUGCAAACCUGCCAAAUCGACUCAUUUUACGAUCCUGCGAUGGCGCUGCCAGCAGAAAAAGGGGGGUCUGAGGUGCGGCUGGAUACCUGCUCAGUACCCCGUUAUAUCCGAGUGUAAAUGCUCCUGUCCCAACUGA